AGCAAAGUCAUUAAUAAUAAACUCAUCGUUUUCCGUUGAUUCUAACCAUUGUCUUUGUUUGGUCUUACGUUUGAAAACCCCUUAAAUAAGGGGUGGAAUUUCCGUAUAAAAGGCUGAAGCUCAAGGCAGUCGCAUCAGAAAAUCACCUCAUGGAUUUUCCUCGCAGGUCGUCCCGCCUUAGGUGGCCAGUGGAUUUUCGUCAGCCUCCGCCUCAGAGCAUCCCUCGAAAGCGAAAACAAAAACCACGGCCACCAUCCCCCGUUCCCCCUUGUUCACCAGCCCCAGAGGCAUCCACCACCAGUAACUCGGAAACCAUACCGCCCAUCGAUCCCUUCACAUAUGAACACGACCUGCGUUCCUCGUCGCUCCCACCCGAGAUGUUCACGUACGCGCCCAGCUGUGCGUCUUCUGACACUGGCACACGAGAAAAUACACCGUUUCCCCAUUCGUUCUCGAGGGAGUCGACGCCUUGUGAUCGGGAACCUGGACCUGCCGUGGUCAAGAAGGAGAGUACACCUAUCGCUCUCAGGGAGGCAUCCCCCAAGCUAGAGGAUGGUGAGAUAGUGGUGCCGACUUCUAGUGGCAAUAAGGAUAGCACACCGACCCAGCAUGCGCCCCAGGAGACUCCGGAGCUGAAGACGUUUGAAGAGAGAUUCCUUGGACUCUAGUCUGAGGGGAUAUCGAUUGCUGGGUUUUCUGAUUCAGGUUGAUAUAUCUGUCAUUGGUUCUGCAUGUUAAACCUGUAUGUUCUACUGCGAUAGAUGAAUCAAAAGGCGAUCGCCAUGUUGAAAUAUUG